AUGAAUUCAACACAUAUUGAUAAUGCAUACAAUGAUCUUGUUUCAUCCAUUGAACGUGAAUUUCGUCGAUUAAAACAAGUUCUUGCUGAACAAGAAAUAAAGGAAAAAGAAGAAGGUUUAAAGAAAAUUCAAAUGGAACUUGAACGUGAAAGAAAGAAAAAGCUUGCUGAAGAAAAACGUUUAGAACAAGAAAAAGAAGAAUUUCGACAACGUUCAGCUAUCGUUCAACGUCAAAAAGAAGAAGAACAGUUUAAAGGUAAACUUACUGCUGAAGAAACAAAACGUCAAAAAGAACGUCUAGCAAAAGAAUCCGAUGAAGAAGCUCGUUUGGCUGAAAUGAAUGAACGUGAACGUCGUGAUUAUGAUCUAGCACGACGUCUUGCUUUAGAAACAGGUGGUGAAGCUGAUUUACCACAUUUACAACGAACACGUCGUCCUAAUGCUAAUCAAAAGCAUGAUUUAAGUAACCAUACAUAUGCUCAAUUACGUGAUUUGAUUAAUACAUCUUGUGAUGUGGAAUUACUUGAAGCUUGUCGAGAAGAAUUUCAUCGACGUUUAAAAGUUUAUCAUGCAUGGAGAUCAAAAAAUCGAAAAGGAAAAAAUCCAUCAGCUUUAGAUGAUCAAAUGGAUGAAGAUGAAGAACGAGCUCCAAAGGAUAUUUUAAAUAAUAUGGUUCCACCUUCAAUGACUGGUGGUCCAUUAAAAUCAACUGAAUCAUUAAAAAAGCCUAGACAAUUAACAACAAAUGUUAGCUUGAAAACGAUUAGUGCUGGUAAAGGAGCAGAACAGCGAUACUUUCGUAUUCCAUUCAUUCGUCCUCAUGAUCAAAAUCGAGAUACACAUGAUGAUCAAAAAAAGAAAGGAUGGUGGUAUGCUCAUUUUGAUGAUAAAUGGAUUGCUCGUCAAAUGGAAAUUCAUCCAAAUAAAGAAGCAGUACUUCUUGUUGCUGGUGUUGAUGAUAUGAAUAUGUGUGAAUUAAGUCUAGAUGAAACAGGUUUAACAUCAAAAAAAGGUGCUGAAAUACUGGAAAGUGAUUUUGAACAAGAAUGGCUUAAACAUGGUGGUCGAGAAUAUUUAAAUUCACAUUUUGGACAAAUUAGUUCUAAAUAUGUUGUUCAAUUACUUCAAAAUUAUCGUUAA